AUGGGCGGGCAGGAGCACGUGCCGCUGACGUCCAUUCCCACGCUGGCGUCGGCCCUGCUCGCCGAUGCCGGUUCCAUGCACCACGUCCACCGCUUCCUGGCCUCGCUCGCCGUCAAGGCCUCGUCGGCUGGCGCGGGGACCAACGACCCCCAUUCGGCCUCGUCCGCCGCCUGGACCGCUCCGACCCAGACCCGUCGCCGCCGACGACGCACCACCACCAACUCGGCCGCAGCCGUCGACCCAGAGGAGGUCGGCGCGGGCGCCGAUUCCGAUGACGCUUCGGGCAAGGCGGACCCGACGAACGGUCAGCACCUCGACGGCCACAGCUUCGUCGACGAGCCCUGA